AGAGAGGAGGAGGUAAGAAAACGACACCUCGCCAGGCACUCAGUUUUAAAUCCACUGCCUUUUUCCUCCUCUCCAUGUUACAAAGGCUUCCAGCUCCUUUUUUCCUAUUCGUCUCCUGUCACUUCCUUCCUGGACGCUCACAGGACGACUCGGUUUACUUUCUCAUACUGGCAGCACAGAGUCACUUUCCUGCCUGUACACAGACACCCUCUGCCCACCACAUUGGAUUGAGUUGAGCGCUGACUGGAGACAUACAGUACUCAAGCUUCAGAAGUAAGAAGAGGCCAGUUCCCCUUCCUCCUUAUCACUAUCCCAAUGAGAGCAGAACCUUUCCAGGGCUACUAAGAGCAGCAGAUGCCUUAAUGUACGGAUGUCAAGAUCAGUAAACUGAAAAGGGCAAGAAGGAAAGUGCAAGAAUUGUGAACAGAAGAAGUGAGAAGGGCAGAAGAAGGAAAAAUACAUUGUUUUAAGGACGAGGGAAGAAAGGAAAACGGGGACUAUGGGGAGAAAAAAGAUUCAGAUCACGAGGAUAAUGGAUGAACGUAACAGACAGGUGACAUUUACAAAGAGAAAGUUUGGGUUAAUGAAGAAGGCAUACGAGUUGAGUGUAUUAUGCGACUGUGAGAUAGCUCUUAUCAUCUUCAACAGCACUAACAAACUCUUCCAGUACGCCAGCACGGAUAUGGAUAAAGUUUUGUUGAAAUAUACAGAAUACAACGAGCCACAUGAAAGUCGAACAAACUCAGACAUUGUUGAGACAUUGAGAAAGAAAGGCCUCAAUGGGUGUGAUAGUCCAGAUCCUGAUGCAGAUGAUUCUGUAGGUCACAGUCCAGAGUCUGAGGACAAGUACAGAAAGAUUAAUGAAGAUAUUGAUCUAAUGAUCAGCAGGCAAAGAUUAUGUGCUGUUCCACCUCCCAAUUUCGAGAUGCCGGUUUCCAUCCCAGUGUCCAAUCCAAACAAUUUGGCUUACACUAAUCAAGCCGGAUCACUGGGUAACCACAACCUUUUGCCAUUGUCCCAUCAAACCUUGCAGAGAAACAGCAUGUCUCCUGGCUUGACACAUCGACCACCAAGUGCAGGUGGUCUGAUGGGUGGGGACCUCACAAGCGGUGCAGGCACCAGUGCAGGUAAUGGGUAUGGCAAUCAUCGUAACUCGCCAGGUCUGCUGGUCUCACCUGGUAACUUAAAUAAAAAUAUGCAAACGAAAUCGCCACCACCAAUGAACCUGGGGAUGAACAAUCGUAAACCCGACCUCCGAGUUCUUAUUCCACCUGGCAGCAAGAAUACAAUGCCCUCCGUGUCUGAGGAUGUCGAUCUGCUUUUGAAUCAAAGAAUAAAUAACUCCCAAUCAGCUCAGUCACUGGCUACCCCAGUGGUUCCUGUAGCGACACCGACUUUGCCAGGACAGGGAAUGGGAGGAUACCCAUCAGCUAUAUCGACAACAUAUGGCACUGAAUAUUCAUUAAGCAGCGCAGACUUGUCAUCUCUUUCUGGCUUUAACACCAGUGCCCUCCACCUUGGCUCAGUCACUGGCUGGCAGCAGCAUCAUCUACACAACAUGUCUCCAUCCACUCUCAGCCAUUUGGGAGCUUGCACUAGCACUCACUUAUCUCAGAAUACAAAUCUCUCCCUGCCUUCUACUCAAAGCCUCCACAUCAAGUCAGAACCUGUUUCUCCUCCUAGAGACCGUACCACCACACCCUCGGGAUACCCACAUCACACGCGCCACGAGGCGGGGAGGUCUCCUGUUGACAGCCUGAGCAGCUGCAGCAGUUCGUAUGAUGGAAGUGACCGAGAAGACCACCGGAAUGAUUUCCACUCCCCCAUUGGACUCACCAGACCUUCGCAGGACGAAAGAGAAAGCCCGUCAGUCAAGCGCAUGCGGCUCUCUGAAGGAUGGGCAACAUGAUACAUUUAUUAUAUAUUAUAAUUUUUUUUGCAGUGUGUGUGCUAUACCUUAAUGGGAAGUGGGCAGGGAGGGAGGGUCGAUAUACAUUUAUGUGCAGUGUGUGGGGGAAAAAUAAAGUCAGGUACUCUGUUUUGUAAAAGUACUUUUAAAUGCCUCAGUGAUCCAAGAUAGGGUUAAGGAGAACUGCUGAACGAACAAGCUUAGCACUUAAGCUAUCAACAGAAAACUUGUACAAAAUAGAUUUUGAAGCUAACCUCUUUUUCACUGUUGUGCUCCCUUUGCAAAAUGUAUGUUACAAUAGAUAGUGUUAUGUUGCAGGUUCAACGUUAUUUACAUGUAAAUAGACAAAAAUAAAGGAAACUUUUUGCCAAAAUUGGCAAAUGUUUUUUCCAUGAGAGAAAGCAGCUGUUAUGCAACAUAUGGUGACAUGUACAGGUUCUGACCGUCCCAGCGUCGGGUGGCUGUGGAUAACUGUUAAAAGGCUGGGCCACCGACUCAAUGUAAACUAAUCAAACACACCAGCAGGUUAAAAAAAAAAUAAUUUGAACAAAAUAUGGCACUUAUUUGAAUAAAUUUUGGGUCAUACUAGAUGGUGUUUUUGAUGGUUUACAUCUUUAGUUGUUCAUUUCUGGGUAUACAUCACUUAAUAUAUAGAAAUAUAAAUUAUGUACAUUACAUUUUGCUUAUUUUCAUAUAAAAAAAAAGGUUAAAUGAAGUUUGCAAAACAUUUGUGGCUUUUUGUAGGUAAUUUAAGCCAAAAUGUGUUUUUUUUUCUUUUUCCUUGAUAGCUUCGCUAAUAUUUAACAGUCCUUAAAUAAAGAAAUGAUUUUUUUUUCUUUUUUUUUUUGUAAAAAAUAAAAGUAAAAAAAAAUAAUAUUGUCCCCCUCGGUCCAUGAAGAAUUUCACGCUUUUGCUAAUCGAAAUAACUGUUUUCUCUUUGUAGACGUUUUUGUUUUUGAAAUGUGUAUUUCUAAUUAUAUGAGAUAAUAUUACGAAUCUUUAAAAAAAAAAAAAAUCUGUGAAAUUAACAUGCUUGUAUACAGCAUUCUAAUAAACUUUAAACUAGCAUUUUUUUGUUAUCUUAAUAGUGGGGAGGGAACAAUAUGUGAGCUGCUGCUUACUGUAUGUGGGUAGCUGUAUUGUAACACUGCAUUAACGUGCAGGUCCAAAUUCAGCGAUAUCAAAGGAAUAUCCGCCAUGGUUCAAAUAUUUGCAAUUAACCCUGUGUUUGUAUCCACCUGGGUGAACUGACAUCCAUUGUACAUAAACCAGUACAUGUAGGGCAUAGUACCUUUAGGUCUACACUUUUCUUAUGACAUUAGAUUUUAUUGCACAAAUGGAAUCCGAACCUAGAGCCAUUUCACCCUGUAGCUAUGAACCUGUAUUGCAUAUGAUUAACUCUCUUUCCAUUUUGACGUGUCCAGAAUAUGCAAGUAUAACCAACCGAGUUUACGAAUAUUGUUAGCAGUAAUUUGCCUUUUUGAAGGAUUCUUUCUAGGGGAAAGUAAAAGUGAAAUAGCCAUAUAUAAAGUUUACCUAGAAGCUUACUCAGCAAUGCAUACAGCAGCACAUUGUAGUCAAGGAAGUUUGUCAUAUCAAUGACAGUUCAAAAUACUUUUAGUCGCGCAACCAGCAGAACUUAGAAUGUAAGUGCAAUUUUAGCUUAGUAUAGUAGAUAAGAUACUACUGGAGCUUCAGAACAGAAUCACAGUAAGAGUAGGUUCUCAUGGAGUUUUUUGGGGAGGAGGUGUUGAAGCAGAUUUUCCUGUAGGUUUUUCAGCCAAAGCCAGAAGUGGAUCCAACAGGAAGGAGAAGAAGUCCUUCCUUUCUACUUCCGCUUCCUUUCAAAUCAACUCCUGGCUUUGGCGGAGAAACUUUCGGCAAAAUCUGCCCCAAAAUCUCCUUCAAGACAUCUUCAUGUGAACCUACCCUAAGAUGGGUGAAAGCUCAGCUCUCGACUUCCACAACUGCAAUGAGCCCAUAGGUUGUGCAGAAGGUUCAGGUAGCCCGCCCGACUUCAGCUGUUUGUUCUAGCAAGUCCUGCCAGUCGGUGCCAUGUUGGACGCAGUAGUUCAGCAGCUGGAAUGAGUAAGGUUGCUUAUUGGUGGUAGAAAGGAAGAAUGGUGAUCUAAUUUAUUAGAUAAAAGCACAAUUUUGUGAUUCAGUCACUUUCUGUAAAGUAUAAUUUUGUAACUGAACUGUACCUUGCCAAGCGUUAGUUUGGCAAUGCUAUUUUUUGCUGUUAUUGCUAUCCCUUUGUAUUUAAGAUGUUUUUGAGGCAGUGCCUCAUAGGGGUAUUAACAUUUAACUCAUCCUAUGUAAUUAUACCAGAAAGUUAGGCAGCAUUCUUCUUAGGAGCUCUCACCUCUCCUGACAUGUCUGCAUUAAUAUCUACGCGCAUUCCUCAAGAAAUAUCAAUAUGGAGCCCCCUUUAGGAUGACUCCAUGUUGCACCAUUCCUGCAUUAUUCCCAGUAGAAGUUUAUGAAUACAUUUCCAGCAGUCUGUAGUGAAGGUCCUUUAGGGUGUCACCAGUUGGAGGUGUGUCCCUGCACAGUCUGUCUAAUCAAUGCUUCCAGUGUCAGACUGUGACUGGACACAACCCAAACUGUUAGGACCCAGGCGGACCUUUAUUGCAGGCUCUAUUAAUCACUUUAUAACCUUCUAGCAGGAAUUAUUGAGGAAUGGCACAACAUAGAGUGAUAUGAAAAGAUGCUACAGAAUUGUCAUUACAUGGAGAAUGCAAGUAGUUAGUAAACUAGACCUGUCAGGAGAGGUAAGAGGUCCUUUUUACGCUUGAUAUGACUAGAGUGGCAUUUAUUUUAUCAUUAACAGUUAUUCGAUCAUUUACACAUCAAAUCCAAAUCUUCAGAUUUAUUUUUUUAAUAAUCACCCCCCCUCCCCCCCACACACACACCUUCCCCAAUUUCUUAGGCAGACA